AUGUCCCAAAUCCCAGAGCUCGUCAGGGACUCGAAACUGUCCACCAAAAUCGAUGCUGAGCACACAACACACACAUUUCUAGAGUCCGGUUCGGUGGCUGGUCGGAGAUCGAGGCGCAGAGAGCGCGAGGAAGUGUGGAAGAAGAAGAGACAUCUAGGGAUCGGCAUCUUCGGCACAGUAUGGCUGGAGGAAUGCGUGUCAGAAAAUCAAGAGCACAGACUCCGCGCUGUGAAGGAGGUGCGGAAGAUGGGGCCGGCCGCAAAGGCUAUGGACUAUAAUCGCGAGCUGGAGACUAUUGCGAAGUUCUCUCAGCAGAAAUUUGAUGGAUGCUUCGUGCAAUCCUCCGGGUGGUUUGAAAGCCCAGAUGCUGUGUGUAUUGCCAUGGAGUAUCUUCCGAACGGUGAUUUGCAGAAGUAUAUGACCCAGCCCUUCCCGGAGAACGAAGCGCAGCAGAUUACUUUCCAGCUUCUCGAGGGUCUGGACUACAUGCACAGUAGUGGGUUUGCUCACCAUGACCUCCGGCCCCAAAAUAUCUUCGUCCUGUCCUACGGUCCGGAUUGGUGGGUCAAAAUCGGUGACUUCGGUCUCAGCAAGCGCGUGAUGGAAGGAUUUACAGGCCUGCAAACUUUCAACAGCACCCCAGCUUUCACUGCUCCGGAAGUAUAUGAGCAAGCGUGGAAGCAGCAGCAAGAAGACGAUGCUCCAGUCCUGGAUUCCACUCCAGAAGCCGAUAUCUGGGCCCUGGGUGUGAUUGUCUAUUAUAUGUUGACUGCGAAGCUGCCAUUCUCUCUGAGCAACCAUCUUCUCGACUACUACAAUGGAGAAACGGGCCUUCCCGUGAAGUCAUUAACUCUAGUCGGUUCUAGCCCAGAUGCCACAUCAUUCUUGGAGUCUGUAAUGGCGGCAAAGGCCUCAGAUCGCUCAACCGCCGCAGACGCUUUAAACCAUGUCUGGGUAGAAGCCGCACAGCAAGAGCCACCUCCGCCAUCUCCAACAGGCAGCCAGUGGAGCUUUACAAAAUCCCCCAGGCUCAUCCCAACCGCGCUGAGUCAACGGGAGCCCAUCACUUCUACCAAUGAAGCUGCCCCGGAACCGAUUCCGGAUGACGACGUACCACCUCUGAGAGUGUCGAACCUGGCAACAGAAAAGGCACAAGAACUGUUCGCCGGCGACGACACAUCUAAGUACGUGAUCAACGACCUGAACCUCGGAAAUCCGCCACCAUCAGCAGCCAAUACAUCCUUCGUCCAACGCCACCCCUCCUCCACCACCGACACCGAGUCAAUCGCUCCAUCCGAAGACAGCGAGCGUCCGGUUACAUUGACUCGAUACUUCCGCCGGUCAACUGGUAAGUCCGAAGACAGCGAGCGUCCGGUUACAUUGACUCGAUACUUCCACCAACUGUCUGCAUCCGACAUCUCGCCGGGAGAAACUUUGCCAUCUCACCCUUCGCCCGGCACAAGAUUGUCCUCGCAAUUAUCCUCGUCCGACGUUGCUAGUGUCUCGAAAGCAGUGCCCUCUUGUACACGGCGCAGGUCUGAUGCAGCGCCCAUCCCCAUAUCGGACUUGGAAUCCGAUGUCACCAACACCAAGCCAGGUGGUCCGCCCAGCAUAACUAGCAGCAGGAAUGGCGUAGGCGGAGAUCGAUGGGAUAAAUUCCGGAGAGCAUCGCAGAAUAUGAAUUUUGUUCCGCGCUGGAAUAGGCAUGGGAGGAAGGUUUCGGAGAUUUCGAUUCCAAGCUCUUUGUCAAGGCAAGUUGCCCAUCAUACGGAUGGACCAUUUAUUUAG